GUCAUCCCCGCCCUUCCCGCCCUCUGCCCUCUACCCUCUACCACUCUUUCCCUCCACCAUCACCACCUCUUCCCCUACACCUCAUCUCCGAACCCUCUCUGCAAGGCGCGCACACUACUUCCCUCGUUGGGACCGCCACAGAGAUACACUUCAAAUCAACGCAAUCACUCAUCCAAUUUACCCUGAGCCGUCUUUACGUCCUCUCUUAUAUUGUCUCGUCGCUUUCUGCCUGGUCAGCCCUUCCCUCCCCGUCAUUGUCGAAUGUCUCUGUGAGAAGAAGAUCAAUAAAGACACCCUGCAUCUCUCCGUGGUAGGAGAGAGAAUAUCGCCAUACAAAAAAGUUCAGUUAACUCAUAAUGCCGACAAUAUUAUUACCCGCCUCGGCGGCUGCCUUUGCGCCGCGAUCGACCUGCAAUGUGGUGCUCAACACAAAGGUCGAACCCUGGUUGACGGCCACCCUCAAGCGGAUCAACAAGAUCAAGCGACCUCUCAACAGUGUGCCUCAGCACACUCGAUGUCUGACUGAGACUCUGUCAUCGCCUAAUGCCAUCUGGUCACUGUGCUCACUAAUGGUGCCCAAGGCGCCCGAGACGGAGUUGAGGAAAGAUUCCAAUCCUCUGGUGGAAGCCCUGUUCAACUAUCAACUCAUCCACAUUGAGGCCUACGUCGUGCAUGUCGACAUGGUCUCGCAGAACGAGGUCGCCUUCAAGCUGACAACAGACACUAUUGAUUCGCUGGUCGAGUAUCACAAGGAAGUCUUCUCUGUCGACACCAACGCCAACACCUGGGAAUGGUCGGAGAAGGAACAACAGCUCAAGAAACUGCAGGAAGAGUUUGUGCAGGCGGCCAACAAGUUUGUCUAUCGGACGAGCGCCCUCGCCCUGGAAGGCAUGGAGGAAGACGGUGCUGGCGAGCUGCUUUGCGGCCGAAGCGACGAAGUGCGCACCGCCAUCAUGGGUCUCUUCGUGCCUCUCCUCCCUCCACCUCCGAGGAUCGUCGAUGUCAUCCGCCCUACUCCUCUGCUCCCCAGCUCGACGGGCACGGAACAAUGGUGGCCGUCACAGCAUCUGCAAGCCAUCCAGCCCGCUCCCGUCGAGGCAUGGAAGAUUGUCCCGUCAAGCCCCAGCCCCGUCUCAUCUUGUGACUCGCACCACAACAUUUGGUCGAGCGUGGGCGUGAACGAGAUCCAACUCCCAUCGCCAACGCCCUCCUUCAGCCAACCUUACUCUACAGCGGCAUACAAUACAUCUCAAUACUACAGUGCUCCUGCCUACAGCGCUCCAGUCACAACAUCGUCAUUCGCGCCCCUUCCUCUACCAAGCAUGCUCACUCCACAACCCUGCAGCACGUCUGCGGGCCUGAGCACGUUCGGGUGGGAUCGGUACCAAGAAUACACGAUGCCGUAUGCCACUGCCAUGUAAACGACUCGGAUCCAGCACAUCGGCUUCCGUUUCGCCUACACAAUAUUCUUCAAGGUUGAUCGCCGUCAACCAGCUGUCUUCUUAAGGACAUCCACAGUCGGCUGAUAAGGAGCGGCACGAGUCUGCGGGUACAAAGAUCUUGAGCAUUUGAGCAAGGAGUUAAUUGAUCGAACUUUAGCGACACAAGGAUACCACUCUGCAUUUGACACGGGCUAUACGGGACACGGGACAUGGAAUAAUAUUGGGACAGGGUUGAUCUUCCAGCAAGCGUUGUGAUUGAUUUUUUUUUGUCUGCUAAUCUCCUAUGUUGAGUAUUAGUUCGUGGGUUUUGGACUAUACAUCAGCGGCAGGUCUGGCUGGAUGGAACACAGAGAUAUCCCUGGGUUGGAUACAGUCCCGCAUUUUCGCAAGAUCGGAAUGCCUCGCGGCAGGUAUGCAAGGUUUGGGAUACAUGCUAGGAUCUCUUUUGGCAAUGCCGUGGUGACCUCGAGGUGAUGCAAUGGCUGAAGCGAGUCCUCUGCGCUGCACAACUCGGACACCCGUCCCUACUACAUCUGAUGAUGCCACUGGUUGGCACUGAAGAGAGCGGGAACAACGGCAGGGUGGUGAGACGUCGCGUCUGGCAUGUGACGACUGCUGCCUUACUGCGCGAUAUCUGUUUGGAGGCUCCAAGGGCAUGAUCGGGGCCGUGUUUCGAUGGCACGCCUGUGGCGUGUGCGAACGUCCUGUUUGAGUCCGUGACUUGGAUGGGCGCUCCCCGAGACUGUCUUUGGUCCCUUGGAUACGAUGGAGUGUGGUUUAUAGGGUCAUCUCCUAUAUCCUCGACCCGGUGUCGAGGAAGCUUGCUCCACUGGAUGGAGAAGAAUCGGAUGCUGGACCUUGAGGUAAUGCCUCAAUACAUAAAGAUAAUCUAAAAAUAUGAACAUCUUCUCUGCCUCUUCA